UAAAGCAUAUUUACAAUCCAUGUAUUCCAUAUGUGUCCAUAUGUAUUACCGACUUCGGUGGUUUAAUUAAAUAUAUGUAGUUUCCGAAGUCACCGUCCGUAAAUGGAAAGUGCACUGUAAAUUUGCCAGAAGUCGAUACUUCAGUUCGGCAGAGUAAACUUGCAUUGGUCUAUCAUAUGCCUCAUCAAUGGAAUUUUAGAAAUUGGUUGUUAAAAGGACAAGUGGAUAUAUGUAUACAUACGUGGCUUAUCGUAUUUUUUCAAAUAUAACGAAUUAAUGGAUUUCUAUGUAUAAGUAGUAUCAUUCUUGAAAUUAUUAAAACAUUCACAGUCGAAAUUCCGUGUGAGGUUAGGUAUUGACAGUGUUUUCGAAAAAGUAAAUAAUUACCUGUUCAGUUUUUAUUAUAAAAUUAUAAUAGUUGUUGUUAAAGAAAUUUGUGCUUUUUAUAUAUAUAUUCAGGGUGAUUCUCUCACAAAGGCUUCAAAAGCAGUAGUCGCCACCGUUUGAUGAUAAAUUUCAAUUUUAUAAAAUGAAUAGUUCAGCAGAUCCCAGACGUCCAGAACGAGAACUUCGUUACAAACCCAGCGCAUCGAGCAGCCAGGCUCAACCAGGCGACUAUUCAACACCAGACUAUAUGAACAUAUUAGGAAUGAUUUUCAGCAUGUGUGGAUUGAUGAUGAGAUUAAAGUGGUGCGCAUGGGUUGCACUAUAUUGUUCUUGUAUUAGUUUUGCUAAUUCUAAAGUAAGCGAUGAUACUAAGCAAAUUCUUAGUAGUUUUAUGUUGUCCAUAUCUGCAGUUGUAAUGUCGUACUUACAAAAUCCGCAGCCUAUGACACCGCCAUGGGCAUCAGCAAUGCAAUAAAGACAUUUUCAAAUUUCUGUGAUAUUCAAUG